UGGGUGUCCCGGCGCUAAGUUGUGGGGCACGGCGCCUCCAGGUCCAGUUCCUUCUUCCGCGCGCUCCUCGCUCCCAGCGCCGCACGCUCGGCCCCGGAGCCGCGGAACCCGCGCGUUCUCUGGGCGCGGAGGACACGCCUGCCCUUGUCGAGAAAACUUUUCCUGCCGACUCAGUCGUGCCGGCCCGUGGCAGGAAGUCGGGCAGAGACCUCUCCUCUGACUGCUCCGACCUCCCUACCGGGUAGCGCUAUCCUGCAGGAAAGCAAGUUUGUGGGGACCUUUGCCUUGCUCUCCAGGAGUCUGCCUUGCAGGGACGGCCGGCCUUGGGGAGGGCAGCGGGCCAGGGCGUAGGCCGAGGGCGCGUGGUGACUCCGGAGACGAGGUGCGGAGCGCAGCCGGGACCCGCGCCGUAGCGCGCGAAGGGUGUGCGGCCGGGAGCAGGGAGCCCUCGGCGAUCGCCAGCUGGAGUCCUCCGUCUUCUGCCUCCUUCGGGUGAGGACCGCGUCCUGGCCCCGAGUCCAUCGAGGAAAAUGAAGUUAAGUCGCCAGUUCACCGUGUUUGGCAGCGCGAUCUUCUGCGUCGUAAUCUUCUCACUCUACCUGAUGCUGGACAGGGGUCACUUGGACUACCCUCGGGGCCCGCGCCAGGAGGGCUCCUUCCCGCAGGGCCAGCUUUCAAUAUUGCAAGAAAAGAUUGACCAUUUGGAGCGUUUGCUCGCUGAGAACAACGAGAUCAUCUCAAACAUCAGAGACUCAGUCAUCAACCUGAGCGAGUCUGUGGAGGACGGCCCGCGGGGGUCACCAGGCAACGCCAGCCAAGGCUCCAUCCACCUCCACUCGUCACAGUUGGCCCUUCAGGCUGACCCCAGAGACUGUUUGUUUGCUUCACAGAGUGGGAGUCAGCCCCGGGAUGUGCAGAUGUUGGAUGUUUACGAUCUGAUCCCUUUUGAUAAUCCAGAUGGUGGAGUUUGGAAGCAAGGAUUUGACAUUAAGUAUGAAGCGGAUGAGUGGGACCAUGAGCCCCUGCAAGUGUUUGUGGUGCCUCACUCCCAUAAUGACCCAGGUUGGUUGAAGACUUUCAAUGACUACUUUAGAGACAAGACUCAGUAUAUUUUUAAUAACAUGGUCCUAAAGCUGAAAGAAGACUCAAGCAGGAAGUUUAUGUGGUCUGAGAUCUCUUACCUUGCAAAAUGGUGGGAUAUUAUAGAUAUUCCGAAGAAGGAAGCUGUUAAAAGUUUACUACAGAAUGGUCAGCUGGAAAUUGUGACCGGUGGCUGGGUUAUGCCUGAUGAAGCCACUCCACAUUAUUUUGCCUUAAUUGACCAACUAAUUGAAGGGCACCAAUGGCUGGAAAAGAAUCUAGGAGUGAAACCUCGAUCGGGCUGGGCCAUAGAUCCCUUUGGUCAUUCACCCACAAUGGCUUAUCUUCUAAAGCGUGCUGGAUUUUCACACAUGCUCAUCCAGAGAGUCCAUUAUGCAAUCAAAAAACACUUCUCUUUGCAUAAAACGCUGGAGUUUUUCUGGAGACAGAAUUGGGAUCUUGGAUCUGCUACAGAUAUUUUGUGCCAUAUGAUGCCCUUCUACAGCUACGACAUCCCUCACACCUGUGGGCCUGAUCCUAAAAUAUGCUGCCAGUUUGAUUUUAAACGGCUUCCUGGAGGCAGAUAUGGCUGUCCCUGGGGAGUUCCUCCAGAAGCAAUAUCUCCUGGAAAUGUCCAAAGCAGGGCUCAGAUGCUAUUGGAUCAGUACCGGAAAAAGUCAAAACUUUUCCGCACUAAAGUUCUUCUGGCUCCACUGGGAGACGAUUUUCGGUUCAGUGAAUACACAGAGUGGGAUCUGCAGUGCAGGAACUACGAGCAACUGUUCAGUUACAUGAACUCGCAGCCUCAUAUGAAAGUGAAGAUCCAGUUUGGAACCUUGUCAGAUUAUUUCGACGCAUUGGAGAAAGCCGUGGCAGCCGAGAAGAAGAGUAGCCAGUCUGUGUUCCCUGCCCUGAGUGGAGACUUCUUCACGUACGCUGACCGAGACGACCAUUACUGGAGUGGCUACUUCACGUCCAGACCUUUCUACAAACGAAUGGACAGAAUAAUGGAAUCUCGUAUAAGGGCUGCUGAAAUUCUUUACCAGUUGGCCUUGAAACAAGCUCAGAAAUACAAGAUAAAUAAAUUUCUUUCAUCUCCUCAUUACACAACACUGACGGAAGCCAGAAGGAACUUAGGACUAUUUCAGCAUCAUGAUGCCAUCACAGGAACCGCCAAAGACUGGGUGGUUGUAGACUAUGGUACCAGACUCUUUCAGUCAUUAAAUUAUUUGGAGAAGAUAAUUGGAGAUUCUGCAUUUCUUCUCAUUUUAAAGGACAAAAAGCUGUACCAGUCAGAUCCUUCCAAAGCCUUCUUAGAGAUGGAUACGAAGCAAAGUUCACAAGAUUCUCUGCCCCAAAAAAUUAUAAUACAACUGAGUGCACAGGAGCCAAGUCAACGCAAGGCGCCAGGAAGCAGGGUGUCAGAGUACUGCUUCUUUAGGUACCUCGUGGUCUACAAUCCCUUUGAACAAGAACGGCAUUCAGUGGUGUCCAUCCGGGUAAACUCCGCCACAGUGAAAGUGCUGUCUGAUUCGGGAAAACCGGUGGAGGUUCAAGUCAGUGCAGUCUGGAACGACAUGAGGACAAUUUCACAAGCAGCCUAUGAGGUCUCUUUUCUAGCUCAUAUACCACCACUGGGACUGAAAGUGUUUAAGAUCUUAGAGUCACAAAGUUCAAGCUCACACUUGGCUGAUUAUGUCCUAUAUAAUAAUGAUGGACUAGCAGAAAAUGGAAUAUUCCACGUGAAGAACAUGGCGGAUGCUGGAGAUGCCAUAACAAUAGAGAACUCCUUCCUGGCGAUUUGGUUUGACCNAUCUGGGCUGAUGGAGAAAGUGAGAAGGAAAGAAGACAAUACACAGCAUGACCUGAAGGUCCAGUUCCUGUGGUACGGAACCACCAACAAAAGGGACAAGAGCGGUGCCUACCUCUUCCUGCCUGACGGGCAGGGCCAGCCAUAUGUUUCCCUAAGACCGCCCUUUGUCAGAGUGACACGUGGAAGGAUCUACUCAGAUGUGACCUGCUUCCUCGAACACGUUACUCACAAAGUCCGCCUGUACAACAUUCAGGGAAUAGAAGGGCAGUCCAUGGAAGUUUCUAAUAUUGUGAACAUCAGGAAUGUGCAUAACCGUGAGAUUGUAAUGAGAAUUUCAUCUAAAAUAAACAACCAAAAUAGAUAUUAUACUGACCUAAAUGGAUAUCAGAUUCAGCCUAGAAGGACCAUGGGCAAAUUGCCUCUUCAAGCCAACGUUUACCCGAUGUGUACAAUGGCGUAUAUCCAGGAUGCUGAGCACCGGCUCACGCUGCUCUCUGCUCAGUCUCUAGGUGCUUCCAGCAUGGCUUCUGGUCAGAUUGAAGUCUUCAUGGAUCGAAGGCUCAUGCAAGAUGAUAACCGUGGCCUUGGGCAAGGUGUCCAUGAUAAUAAGAUUACAGCUAAUUUGUUUCGAAUCCUCCUAGAGAAGAGAAGCGGUGUGAACAUGGAAGAAGAAAAGAAGAGCCCUGUCAGCUACCCUUCCCUCCUCAGCCACAUGACUUCGUCCUUCCUCAACCAUCCCUUUCUCCCCAUGGUACUAAGUGGCCAGCUCCCCUCCCCUGCCUUUGAGCUGCUGAGUGAAUUUCCUCUGCUGCAGUCCUCUCUACCUUGUGAUAUCCAUCUGGUCAACCUGCGGACAAUACAAUCAAAGAUGGGCAAAGGUUAUUCGGAUGAGGCAGCCUUGAUCCUCCACAGGAAAGGGUUUGAUUGCCAGUUCUCCAGCAGAGGCAUCGGGCUACCCUGUUCCACUACUCAGGGAAAGAUGUCCGUUCUGAAACUUUUCAACAAGUUUGCUGUGGAAAGUCUCGUCCCUUCCUCACUGUCCUUGAUGCACUCCCCUCCAGACGCCCAGAACGUGAGUGAAGUCAGCCUGAGCCCCAUGGAGAUCAGCACGUUCCGUAUCCGCUUGCGAUGGACCUGACUCAGCCUUGAGCAGAGAAACUCUGGCUUUGUUACCGUCCUUNGUUUAACGUGCACUAACUAAGCACAUUACUUUAGCUUCUGGCUACUGUGAGAACAUGAAGUCUGUGAUUCUGUUUUUUUGUUUUGUUUUUGUUUUAAGCCAAUCUAGUAAGAAAAAGCCAUGCUUUAAAAAAAGGUUUCUUUCUCUGAAUUUGUCCCACAGCUACCGUUAUCAGUAUGAACUGAGGUAACAAAAAUGAAGAACUAUUGAAAGAUAAGCCCUCAACAGACUGUAUCUCAGGUUAAAUGCUAACUAUGUUUGCAUUGAGGGUUGUAAAGAGAUUCUCUAGAAGUAUUCUUAUCUCUGAUCAUGUUUUAUUAAAAAAAAAAAUACCCAUUUGACCUAAAUAGAAAGAAAAAUAAGAAGUUGGUAGGUAACAGCUUAAUGGCCAAAGUAGUUGUAAUCAUUGAUACAAAUUUGAAUAUUUUGUAUGUUAAAAUAAUGUGGAAAAGUGCAAUCCCUCAACCCUUGUGAUAAAUGUAGUUGGUUUUCAUACUCUUUUCCAAUGAACCUCUUGGCUACCCUUUCCUACCCACACAUUUAAAAAAAAUAAGUGAUAAUUUUAGUCGUUCACCAGUAGAAAAAGAGGUGUAUUUUCAUUACUUGACAACAUGGGAUGGGUGCAAUUUAUUCCAUUGUCACUAAAACAGAAGAAGCAAUUCCAUUUUAGGUACCACAAGGUGUCUUUCUAUACAGCUCAUUUGAAUACAGGUGUUCCAAGGUGGGGUUUUCUAUUUUUAAAUUACCAUAUCAAAAAUAAAUGUGCCUUAUUUUUUUAUAAGUCUUGUUAAAUCUUAUUACUGUCCAUAUUGCUGUUUGGGAGGUGGGGUACUGGGAGGUUGGGGUAGGGGGUGGGUACUUUCUAUGACACAUCAAUUAUGUAAAUUUUUUGCUUGAUAAUGCUGGCCACAUCCUGAUCUGUGUCAUUACAUUUGUGGUGAUGUUACUCUAAACAUUUUGACUAUUUGAAUGUACUGAGAUGUCAGAAAACAAAACAAGGGAGAAAAAUAUUGCUAAUUAAAAUAUGCUGCUGCCAAGGAAACUGCAAGUUGAAGCAAGGAUUUUGUAACCCACAAGAUCCAAUACUUCUUGCAUUUCACAGUACUUAACCGCGUUAAAGAGAGAAUGCUUUAAAAAUAGACUGUUUUUUAAAAUCCUCUGUGUGUAGCUCAUCUUAUGUUCCUUACUAAAGAACACGUUCCAAACAUUUGUGUGUGGUAAACUCAGCGUGUUAGUCUAGCCCAUGUGCCAUCAUGGGACCUUUGAGGUCAUUUGAGAUCAUUGUCUCUGUAAUAGAAUAAUAGUAUUUAAUUUUGGUAUAGAAAGAAUGCUUUGGCUAUAUCCACUUUUGAAAAAUUCUCCUCAGUGUCUUAACCUAAUUUAGUAUUCUUUGACUUUAAACCUCCACUUACCUCUUGCCAUUCCAGUCCAUUACAGAGAAAAGCAUUUCUGCCUCACUGUUUAUUCUGAUAGUCAUCUGGAUUCUUCCUCAAGAUGCAGCUCCUACACUCGCUGUUCUGUUGAGUUCCUAAAAUCCUUUGCCUAUAAUCACUAAGGAAAUACCAGAAUGACAGGACCAUUGCAAGGGUGUAAUUUCAUGCAGUCCGCAUGUGACGUACAUUCCCUUCCUCAUUUGUCGGGGAAUAAGCAACUGAACUACAACAAAACCACUUCCUCCUAUAACCUCUGCAGACGCUAGCUAGGACGUCCAAGCGCCAGUCCCAUGAAUAGGAUCUAUUUUCUUGUUGUAUCUUAAGUGUAUGCCUUCCUGUGGAUGUUCACUGUGCUCUGUGGUUAAGUGGCUAUGCUUAAUCACUACAGAAGUUCUGAUGAGGCCAAAUGAAACCAGUGGCUGACAUAAAUAAUAAACAAAAACAGCAGACACAGGGGACCCACUCUGUGUUCUGGCCACCAGCUCCUUAUUCACAGGUGAAGCAGAAACUCUCUGUAACCAGCAAGCUUCUGCUUUUUAAAGUUAUUUUCACAUUACAACACUGGGGAAAUGAAGAGAGGGUGUCUUUUGCUUAGGGUUAUGGUCAGAAACUGGUUUCUCUGGCACACGUGGGCAGCCAGCCACACUUCAGACAUGACAGCGGGGGUCUGUUUGGUUAGGCCUGGUACAUCUGUUAUCACAGAUGCUCAGUGGACCAAGACUGUCUCGCUACUCUCUCCCCACUCUCUGAAAUUUUAAUUUUGUUUAGAGGUGCAUGGUUCAAAUAUCAGCAUUCUAAAAAAAAUAUUGAUUUAAGAAAAUGCUGUAUGAUGUUAGAAGACAUUGUAAUUAUCUCCCUGUGUCUUUGCUGUACUCGUGCUGAAGUGUUUCCACAGUCCUUUGUCUAGAAGACAAUGUUUACUUUCAUUGUGAUUAUUUUGCUCAUUGAAAUCAACAGGUUUUGAUAUUUUUCUCUUGGAAGAUUUUUAUAACUUUUUGGGAAUAUGUAAUAUAAGAUCUCUAAUAAAAUAUAAUC